ACCCUCUGCCUUUUUGACAGUGACAAUUAACCAUGCUGUUCUUGUUUUCUUUCGUGAAUUUUUAAAAAAGUUAAAAAUGAGUAAAUUGUGACUUAACUUACUGCAGAAAUCGUUAAAUGGUUACAACUGAUCGUAUGUAUUUUUAUGUAGACUGUUAAAUUACAAAUAUGGAAGGAAAACAACAAACAGAUAUACAUCUCAAGGCGAUGCUGAGCAAUCCCUCCAGGUUUACUCCAGCUGUUCCAGUUCCUGACUGGAAUACACCAUCUACUUCUACAAAUCCUACAACACCCUCACAAGUACCUCUUAUAAAACCAAAUUUAUGCCUUAUGACAGUAGCAAUGCCUGGUUCAGCAGUAGGUGAACCACACACAAACAUAAUGUUACAGAAUUGUCUAUCUACUGUAGAUCUUCAAGUUAAUCUUGACUUGGAAACAAUCAAUGCUAGAACAAGAAAUUCUGAAUUUAAUCCUUCGAGGUUUCAUGGAGUUAUUAUGAGAUUAAGAGAACCAAGAACCACUGCCCUUAUUUUCAGAUCAGGAAAAAUUGUCUGUACAGGAGCCAGAAAUGAGUAUGAUGGAUUGUUAGCAUCAAAGAAAUUUGCCAGAAUCAUACAAAAAUUAGGAUAUAAUAUCAAAUUUUGUAAUUUCAAAAUACAAAAUUUAGUAGCUACCUGUGACCUGAGGUUUCCUAUUAAACUGGAGAAUUUAAAUAUGAUGCAUGGACAAUUUAGCAGUUACGAACCGGAGCUGUUCCCUGGACUAGUAUACAGAAUGAUUAAACCCAGGCUGGUGAUUUUAAUUUUUGUUAAUGGUAAAGUAGUGUUCACUGGCGCAAAAUCAAGAGAGGACAUCAAAGAAGCUUUAAAUAAUAUAUAUCCAAUUUUAAGAAGUUUCAGAAAGAAUUAAAGAAAAUAAUUGGAAAUUGUCACAUCACACCUUUGUAAAAUUAGGAUUAUCUACAGUCAAAUUUAAAGCAGCUCUGAAUAGACUUAUACACCAGUCAGAAACAUAUUGUAAAUUACUUCAUGAAUAAUUGUAAUGAUUUCAGAUGUUCUGUAUCAAGCAGUUGAAGUAUAUUGUACCACAUUCUUUAUUUUGUUUGAGUUAAACAAACUCGUAUUUUUAUAAUUAGACCACCUUUUUAUAUUCCUGAUUUACAAUUUUUACAAAUUACUGUACAAUGUUUUGAUACUGAUAUAUCCUGUUAAUAUUAUUUUAUUCUUGCUCGAGAAUAUCUUAUUUAUUAAAAAUACAUUUUUUAAUUAAACCGCUACAUUUUA